AGACUCAUAGCUUUGGCUUGGAACUCAUCCCAAGUUGAUCGGUGCAUAAACUGCCCAAAUGGGAUAUCCUCCAAUAGCCUUACAGAACAGGUCCCAGUGUUAAACACAGUAUAAUGGGAAAACAUUGGAAAAUCCUUGAAGCUGAUCCAAUCUUGGCCAAACCACAGGUUGUAUGUAGGACAGGAGUUACUUUAGGUAAAGCUUUGUCACCAGUUAUGUUGCCAGAGACGUCAACUCUUGGGAACUGGAUGGAAUUUGUAGGCAGUUAUAAAUGUGGGGCAUGAAUUUGUGAAAAGAAUGUCAUUUUUUAAAAAAGUUUCAAAAGGAAUUAAUGAGAACAGCCACGAAGAAAAUAAAUAAGUGCGGGGCAUACGUAACCUGUUGUACAACUACAUCAUUUGCUCCUAUUGGUGCCUUACUAUGGGUCAUGGCUUUGUUAGAAGGCCAGUGUAUAUGUGGAACAUGAUAUUUUGGGUGCUUAACAACCUCACAUUCGUGCACUCUCAUCUUCUUUCCAGAACCAUGAGGUUUCUUCAUAUCUCUCCAAUCUACUGGAAAAGACUAUUAGUCAUUUUUGCCUUUGGUUUAAUGACUCAGUUGCUGGGCAGACAUAGGCAGAAAAGCCCCUCCCAGGCCUUCACUGCAGAGCACCCCCUCUUUUCACCCUCAACACAAACGUGUCAGCCAAAAUCUCACAUAGUGUUCCUGAAGACCCACAAGACUGCCGGAAGCACCGUACUGAAUAUGCUAAACCGUUAUGGGGACAGGAAUUCACUAACAUUUGCUCUACCCCAGAAGCAUCAGUUCAACUACCCCAGUCUGUUCAACGCCAACAUGGUGAGAGGAUACGAUGAACUCAACAAGCCAACGUAUGAUAUCUUGUGCCAUCACAUGCGCUUCAAUCUCCCAGAGAUCAGAAAGCUCAUGCCUUCAGACUCCUUCUACUUCACAAUUCUAAGGGAACCAGCGACCUUGGCAGAGUCUUCUUUCUCUUAUUAUCACUCAGUGUCACGUGUCUUUAAGAGAGCCCCCAACUUAACAGAGUUUAUAGCUCACCCUUUAUACUUCUACAAACCAGGGGAGAAAGGAAACCAACAUGCACGCAACUUUCAGUGGUUUGACCUGGGACUGGACCCUGACACUCCAUUCAAUGAAUCUCUGGCCAGAGCAGAAGUCAGGGAGAUAGAUAGGGUUUUCCACCUGGUCCUACUCUCCGAGUACUUUGAUGAAUCGAUGGUCCUUCUGAAGGAGGAACUUUGCUGGGAUCUUGAUGACGUGGUGAACUUUAAGCUGAAUAGCCGUGAGUCUUCUACACCACUGAAAGAAAAAGAGAAAGAGAUGUUAUGGGCUUGGAAUGCACUAGACUUGUAUCUUUAUGUCUACUUCAACCGUACCUUCUGGGAGAAAGUAGAGAGAUUUGGGAGAGAAAGGAUGUACAUUGAAGUUAGGAGGUUGAGAGAAAGAAGACAACAGCUAGCUGAGAUAUGCCUAGAAGACUUGGAUCCUGUAAGAGGGAAUGAAAUAAAAGAAAACGGCAUUAAGCCAUUUCAGUUUGGGCAGGAGAAGAUCAUGGGGUGGGUGGUGAAAAUGGAUCUUGAGCCCAACACUCGGGCAUGGUGUGUUCAAAUGAUAACUCCUGAACUGCGCUACAAGAACAUUUUGGAUGCAAAGCAGUUUCCUGGAAGUGUAAGAAAUGGGUCUAAGCCAACAGGGACUUCAGCGAAACUCCUUCGGCCCUAGAACUUUUUUGGAACUUUGCAAUUGAGGUGGAUUUUAGGAAUGUUGAUGUGAUUAUUGUUGGGCUUAUGGAACAUCAGACCCAUAAGACUUAUACAAGGAUGGUUUAUUUCAAGGCUACUUUCCUCCAAGCUGCACUCCUUUCACAUAAAUGUGACCCACCUUUAGUAAAGUGGAGAUUGCGGGAGAGACUGAGGCUUGAUCCCAUUACUGCCCUCAGAUGUCAUUAUCAGUGCCCAGGUGGCAACUCUAUGUGCAAGUGGAAAACAAAAGAGACGUUAAGCCUAUUGAUGUAACUCAUCAUUCACUAGAGGGUGUGUAUGAGGUACCUGAUGGCCACUAAGCUCCAUGAAUCCAUAUUGGGGGCAAGACAAUGCUAUUGAGUUAAUUUAACUUUUUAAAGAAUUUUUAACAAACUUAAAGGGAUUGUUCACUUUUAAAUUAACUGUUAGUAUGAU